AUGCUUAUAAAGAAAGUGGAUAGUAUAUCGGAUAAGGAAAUCGAGGCUGUAUCACUUCACGAACAACAACGGUUUGAGGAGGCUUUUCCAUUAUUCUUGCAUAUAGCUCAAGAGGGGAACCCUUUAGCGUCUUAUUAUGCAGGACUUUAUCUCUACGAAGGAAAUUAUGGCAUUGAAAGAGACGAAAUUCAAGCUCUACAAUUUUUACAAAAAUCAGCUGUUGGCGGUAAUGUCCGAGGGCGGUAUAUGUACGCUAAUGCCUGUCUUUAUGGAACCUAUCACUCUCGAAAGGAAGGACUUAAAUAUCUUAUAAAGUCUGCAAAUAAAAAUGAUCCUGAUGCUUUAUACAUGUUAUCUCAGAUCUAUAAGAAUGGAGAACAUGGUUAUGAAAUCGAAUAUGAUAAAUAUGAAGAAUAUUUAAAAAAGGCAGCUGAUAAUGGAUCAACGAAAGCACAAAGAGAAAUCGCAAUAAAAAAAAGGAAAACGCCGAGUGGGGGGGUGUACAAAGAGUAA